GCGGCAGCACAAGCAAAGGGGGGCCAUCUGAAGACGCCGGCGACAGCAGCUGCUGCCUGGGAGAGGCCUCAGACACCAGAGGAAGCAGCCGGGUGGCCCGCAGUGGGGCGGGGGCGGAGCCUUCGACUGCGCAGAAGCUGCGCUUCUACGGGCUAUACAAACAGGCCACUGUGGGCGACAACGAAACCCCUGAGCCUUCUUUUUAUCAAAUUGAGGCCAAACAAAAGUGGAAGGCCUGGGCGGAGCUCAAGGGAAUGGACAAAGCCACUGCCCAGGCAGAAUAUGUCAAAGCCCUGGACUCCUCCAGCCCCAACUGGAGGCAGCAGGCCAACUAA